ACAUUAGUGGCCCGUCGUCAGAAUCUUCGCAUCUCCAAGAUGGCAGACAUAGCAGCCAUCUUGGAUAGGAGUUUGUAACCAUUACAUUUCGAGGUGUAUUAUAGGUUAGUUAACAAGCUUCAUAAUGGAUGGCAGCACCAGACCAAAGCGUGUUUGAGAUCGAUUUGUCAAGAAUGACGUGUAAUCCGUGAGAAAUCGUUACCUACAAGGAAGCACUCCAAACCGACAAUUAUGACCUCCGUGGCUAAAUAUAGACCUGGUCACACAGUAUAUCAAGGCUUGCAAUGGUCGGUAAUGCUUAUUUCAAUUAGCUCCAUGGGCAUUCGAUAGCUACGAAAAAGAAGGCCACUUCUUGACCAAAGACGAACUGUAUAUACUUUAUACAACAGACUAGCUAACGGGAAUAACGAGGUCAUAUCGAUAUUUAGCUGAAUAUCAUUUGAAUGGGUAAGUGGAAGAUCAGACAUUACAGUACAUGCAAGGCUAGGCCUUUUUAGAUCUUUUCAAAAAAUAUCUUGGAUUGAUGACAUGUCAAACGUGACAUUCGGCUGAAGAGAGAUAUUGGUAAACACGGCGGGGGGUCCAAUGAUGGUGGCCUCAAUGUGACUUCGGGAGAGUGUCUGAUUCGAAUUUUGUGAGGAACGUCUUUCAAUCUCUCAGGGGAAGCAAGGAAGAAAACAUGUCAUCUGACGACGGUGCCAUAAGGAAGGUUGACCUCAAGCAUGAGAAUAUCAUAGGCGACAAGCUGGCAUUUGUAUUGCAUAAUGUGUUCACGAAAGAGGAAUGCGAUGAAAUUAUAGCGAUUACGGAGGAGAAGGGCUACGAACCGGCCAUGGUAAAUGUCGGGGGAGGAAGACAGAAGUUGAUGACAGAUAUCAGAAAUAGCUACCGCUGCAUCUGGGACACGACCGAACAGGCUGAGCGGAUAUGGCAGCGGAUAAAGAAGUUUGUGCCGGAGUACUGGGAAGGACACAGAGCAUUAGGGUUGAAUGAGAGGUUGCGCAUCCUCCGAUACGACCCCGGCCAGAAAUUUGCGCCCCAUUUUGACGGCGAAUACCGCAGAGAUAACGGCGAAAGAAGUUACAUCACCAUGCAGCUAUAUCUAAAUGAGGGCUUCAAAGGAGGUUCGACCACAUUUCUGGAAAAAUGGGACCCAAGUAGUGGUGACUCUGUUCCUGUAGUUCCAAAAACCGGUUCCAUACUGGUGUUCCAACACGAUAUCCUGCACGAAGGUUCCGAGUUAAAGGAUGGACGCAAAUAUACGAUAAGGUCUGAUGUUAUGUUUACAAAGGAUAGGUACGACAGAUCGGAAGACUGUAAAUAAGCGCUGUCUAUGGGUUUCAUCAUGUUUAAGUCUGUGAUAUCGAAGGUGCAAUAUACUAAUCUUGUAGGGAGCUGAAACGAUAACCCCACCAUUUUCACGAAGGACGCUGGUAUCAAAGUAAUCACGCCGCGCCAACUUAUCGGCGGGGUACGUUUCACUGAUUCAGGUCAAUAAAAAAACA